AUGAGCACACCGUCCAGAACCCCAACACCAACCGUCACGAUUUCCUCGCCUCGCGGUACAAUCAUCGGGGCCACCGAAAGUGCAAACAUCGAAGUCUUCAAAGGCAUUCCCUACGCGGAACCUCCCGUACCAUCCAACAGCCCGCGUCUCCGACCACCCCAACCCAUCACCACCGCCCUAGGCACCGUCCACGCAACUAGCUACCCCCCCAGCAUGCCCUCAAAUGAACAUCCAAGAGACAAAAUGCAUAACCCCCUACCACCGAACAUCGCCUCCCUCCUCAGCCCCACGAUCCCAAACCCCGAACAAUCCAGCGAAGACUGCCGAACCCUAAACAUCUGGCGACCCAAGAAUUCCACCCCGGACUCCAACUACCCUGUCAUUUUCUGGAUCUACGGCGGUGGCUUCCAAGUCGGCAGCUCCAUGGACCUUCCCGGCGGCCCGAUUGUAAAUGAUUCCAUUACCCUGAAGAUGCCCGUCGUGUUUCUGAGCGCUAAUUACCGUCUUGGGGUAUUUGGAUUUCUCGCUGGAAAGCAAGUCAAAGACGACGGAUCAGCCAACCUAGGUCUGCAGGAUCAGCGACUCGCGCUACACCGGGUAGCCGAUAAUAUCAAAUCCUUUGGCGGAGACCCACGCAAGGUGACUCUCUGGGGACAGUCGGCGGGGCGCCAUGUCCGUCUUUUCACCAAAUGGCUCUCUACAACGGUGACUACACGUACCAGGGGUUCCCUCUAUUCCAAAACGCGCCAUGAUGAAUUCAGAUCGGGCUACUAUGGCCUCUCCUUAUUCUACCUGCCUCGACCCGAUGGCACCGUUGUCACCGCCUCUCCCGAGGAUGCCGUGAGCCACGGAACCUAUGCCAAUGUGCCCUUUCUGAUCGGAAAUAUGGAAGAUGAAGGAUCGACAUUUGUCUUCAACACGACUAAUAUCUCUACCACGGCUCAGGUCAGCGGUUAUCUCUCUCGCAGUACUACUAUCGAGAUGCGGAUAAAGCACAGAUCGAUACAUUGGUGUCCAUCUACUCGGAUGAUGCGACGUUCGGGUCUCCGUUCAACUACCUCGAGCUUGAACUCGCUCUACCCGCAAUCCAAACGUCUCGCGGCCAUCUUAGGAGGACUUUACGGUUCUCCUAACUCGCCGGAUCAUCCGGACGGGAACGAUGAGCGGUAA